GCUGUCAGAAGAAAAGGAGGAAGAGGAGGAAGGGAAGCCAGUGCGGCGACAGCAGCUCACUCCGCUGACGGACUAGACAGCAACACCUCAGCAAACAAGCAGCCACUUCUCACAACUCCAACCAACACCAACAACUAUUUUUUUUUUUUUUUUUUUUUGCUGUUGUUGUUGCUCUGCUUCAAUAAGCGCUCUUUUUUUCUCUCUUUAUUUUUUUUCCACUCCCCUUUCUCUCUUUUCUGCGCACCAACAACUUCGACGUGCCGAGCGGUUUAAAUUGAGCAGCGCGGAGCAGGAGCCCCUGAACCCGGGAGAAUGGCAGACUCGGCGGCCACCAACAGCGACGGGGAGGACGGACCCAAGCAGCCCAUGCGGGGCUUCGCGCGCCAGGGUGCGCUCCGGCAGAAGAACGUGCACGAGGUGAAGGACCACAAAUUCAUCGCGCGCUUCUUCAAGCAGCCCACCUUCUGCAGCCACUGCACCGACUUCAUCUGGGGAUUUGGGAAGCAGGGAUUCCAGUGUCAAGUGUGCUGUUUCGUGGUUCAUAAACGCUGCCAUGAGUUUGUCACUUUCUCUUGUCCAGGCGCGGACAAAGGACCUGCCUCAGAUGACCCGAGGGCAAAGCAUAAAUUUAAGAUCCACACCUACUCCAGCCCCACCUUCUGCGACCACUGUGGCUCCCUACUCUACGGCCUCAUCCACCAGGGGAUGAGAUGCGACCACUGUAUGAUGAACAUCCACAAGCGCUGUGUGCCCAAUGUGCCGAACCUGUGUGGGACGGACCACACUGAGAGGAGAGGCCGCAUCGAGAUCACCGCCGAGGUCAAGACUAACGUUCUCACCGUCACCAUUAAAGAGGCCAGGAAUCUGAUUCCUAUGGACCCCAACGGUCUGUCAGACCCGUACGUGAAGUUGAAGUUGAUCCCAGAUCCACGCAGUGAAAGCAAACAGAAGACCAAGACUAUAAAGUGUUGCCUAAACCCCACAUGGAACGAGACCUUCAAAUUCCACCUGAAGGAGUAUGACAAGGACCGGCGCCUGUCGGUGGAGGUGUGGGACUGGGACUUGACCAGCCGCAACGACUUCAUGGGAUCACUGUCCUUCGGCAUCUCAGAGCUCCAAAAGCAAGGGGUGGACGGCUGGUUUAAGCUCCUUUCUCAGGAAGAAGGCGAGUACUUCAACGUUCCCGUGGCUCCAGAGGGAGAGGAGGGCAACGAGGAGCUACGGCAGAAAUUUGAGAGGGCUAAAAUCGCAGUGGGCAAAAACACGGAGGGAAAGUCAGCGAACGCAGCCUCCCGGUUCGACUCCAACGGCAACCAGGAUCGCAUAAGGCUAUCCGACUUUAACUUCCUGAUGGUGCUGGGCAAGGGCAGCUUUGGCAAGGUGAUGCUGGCGGAGCGUAAAGGAACGGAGGAACUGUACGCAAUAAAGAUCCUGAAGAAGGACGUGGUCAUCCAGGACGACGACGUUGAGUGCACCAUGGUGGAGAAGAGGGUGUUGGCUCUGACCGGAAAGCCUCCGUUCUUAACGCAGCUGCACUCCACCUUCCAGACCAUGGACCGUUUGUAUUUCGUCAUGGAGUACAUAAAUGGCGGAGACCUCAUGUAUCAGAUACAGCAGGCUGGCAAGUUCAAAGAGCCCCAUGCUGUAUUCUACGCUGCUGAGAUAGCCAUUGGCUUAUUUUUCCUGCAUCAAAAGGGCAUCAUCUACAGGGAUCUGAAGCUGGAUAAUGUAAUGCUGGACUGUGAAGGCCACAUUAAGAUCGCAGACUUCGGUAUGUGUAAAGAAAAUAUGCUUGAUGGGAUCACAACCAAGACCUUCUGUGGAACACCAGACUACAUCGCUCCUGAGAUUAUUGCCUAUCAACCUUAUGGGAAAUCUGUGGACUGGUGGGCGUUUGGAGUAUUGCUUUACGAAAUGUUGGCUGGACAGCCCCCAUUCGAUGGUGAGGAUGAGGACGAGUUGUUUCAAUCCAUAAUGGAGCAUCACGUCUCCUAUCCCAAAUCGAUGUCUAAGGAAGCUGUCGCUAUAUGUAAAGGACUAAUGACGAAGCAUCCGGCCAAACGACUGGGCUGCGGUCCGGAGGGCGAGCGGGACAUCCGAGAGCACAGCUUCUUCCGCUACAUGGACUGGGAGAAACUGGAGAACAAGGAAGUGCAGCCGCCGUUCAAACCCAGAGCUUGCGGACGGGAGGCCGAGAACUUUGACCGCUUUUUCACGCGCCACCCGCCGGUGCUGACCCCCCCUGACGAGGAGGUGAUUCAGAACUUGGACCAGGACGAGUUCCAGGGAUUCUCCUUUAUCAACCCUGAGUUCCCAGCAAGUGCUGCUACCGUCUCCACUGCCGAGCAGGCUUGAUUUCAGCUCCACGCACCGGAACAUGGACUCACACGCAGAAAACUCCCCGGCACACACACAAAUACCCAGGCUGUCAAUAGACACAAUGACGCUUUGAGCACAGAUUUGUUGUUCAGACUUUCACGUCUUAUGCUAACCCCAAUCUGAGGUUCAAAACAUAACUGCAUGAACUGUAGCGCUCUGGAAAUAUAAACAGCAUAGUUAAAAUAACUACAGUAUCUUGCAAAAGAAUUGGUAGACCUUUUUCAUGUUAAAAUAAAAACUAAUUUAAAUGUAUUAUAUCUGGGUUUCCAAAUGAUAGAAAUACACAAAGUAGUUCAUAGUUAUGAUAUACGAAGGAAAUGAUAAUUAAAUAACAGUUUUCUUAAUAGAAAUCUGAAAUGUGUGAUAUGCAUUUGCAUUAAAUUAUAUCUGUAAAUAAAAUUUGCCAAGAUAAGACUAAGCAGGCCAGGCAAAGAGAAAUUAAAGAAAGAAACUCCGCAGAAGUCACCUUUGAAGUUCCCCACAAGUCACGUAGGAGCGAAAACCAAUAUGUGGAAGAAGGUUUUUUUGGUUAAAGGGAUCAAAAUUUAAGACUUGAAAGUUGAUACACAGAUGCUCUGUAAGAACUUUGGCUAUUUUGGCGAAAAAUUGGUAGAAAUUUCAAAGCUCAGGAUCUCAAAUCUCAGACAUCAAAAAGCUGAAAGUGUGACUACAGGUUUAAUUUCUAAAAAUAUAUUAACUUUUCACCUUUUCCAGCUGUGAAAAUAUGCUCUAUAGUUUUGGUUGGUUCCUAAUAAAAUACCUUUACCUUCUUAGUUGUUACUGGGACUUUGCAAGAUACUGCAGCUAUAUUCUUUAUGCUUUUGCUGUCCAGUUUUUGCGACAGCAUAGUAAAACAAACAAAAAAAGUAUGCCAUCAGUGUAUUAACCAAUGUAUUAUAAGGAUAUGCAUGAUACAGUGAAAACAUUUAUAGAUAAAGCAUGGAAAUCUGAUUCACCCAAGUUUUCAGAAUCAUUGUUAGCUUGUGUUUAUUGCAAUGUGAACAAAGAUUUGUGUUUAAUAACUAUCAGCACAUAACCAAAACAAGGACGGAAAAAUAAUUGGACGAUUAAAUUGCUCAUAAAAUGUCAAUUAGAACAGUUUAAAACAAUUAUAUCACGCACAAAUAAUUUAACUGACAAUCAAAUUACUUCUUAUUACCAUAUAUAUACAUAUAUUAGUAAACUUUCGGCUGAUAAAGGCCAAGUAUUGAAAACAAAUGCAGAUUUUCUGUGUAAACAAACUCUGACCUUUGAGAUUUUUACUUAAUUUUUGGGGGGGUUGAAACUAGAACAUUUUAGUUAGAUAUGUGCAUUUUAAUGAGUAUAUACCUGUAUGAGUGUCUGUAUGUUUAUCCUUAUCUGAAACUGGAAUGCUUCACAUACUUGCAUGGUUUCUGUAUUAGGAGUUUCUCUAGACUUUUGCUCCUUCCUGUUCUACUGUAAGUCAUUUUACAAAACCUUGUUUUACCCUAACAAGCCAACAUGUGUACAGUCACACUUGCACCACAAAUAUCUAAUUCUUAGUGCAUGUUAUUGCUUUCCAUCCACUGGAUCAGUAUGGCGAAAUGCAGUUGAGAAGUUGGUGUUACUGGAAGGCUUGAAGUAGUUCAUUAUCUAGAUAACGCUCUUUCUUCUACUCGGAUCGGAUGCGUUAAGUAUUUAACCUGGAAACGAGCCUUUUUUGGUUUACGUAACAAAUGCAUGAUUCCUAUACCUGGACAUCUUGUUUACAACGUGAGUGUGUGUGUGCAUGUGGGUUUUGUCAAGUGUGUAUGAUGCUUGUAUGCAGAAAAUGUGAGGGGUUUUUUGUUAUUUUCUUAACACGGACAGCUUCACCUGUCCUCGCUUACAUUUUCUCAUCUGCGGAGUGUUAGCAUGGCCACCUCGUCCUCAUAUCAGUUCAGCUUUUUUUGAAGUAAUUAGUCAGAAGCCAAUCUAUUGGCAGAAAUAGGUUGUUAAAAUAGUUUUUAACAACCAAGUGAACUUCUUUUUUUAUUAGUAUUAUUAUCUAAAAGUAUAGUUUCCAUGAAAUCCAGAAAUGGGAGGAAAGGAAAGUUUGGAUUCAUUUUUAUAUUUUCCAGAUGUAAACAACAUUGGGUUAAAACGUGAUAAAACGGAGAAUUUCAACAAAAAAAAAAAACUACACAGCACACUUUUUACUGUUUUGAUAGGAUACAUUACAUCACAUCCCAUUAAUUGACCCUAAAAACAAAAACUGUACUGUACAGAUUGUAUUUUUGCAGCUUCUUCUCUCAAUUGGCAUGAAAAUUUGUUUAAUUGAAGAAUAAUCUCUUUGGUCCACUUCACUAUUAACUAAUUGCUUAAAAUAUGCAGAAACCAUCAUUCCAAGUAUGUCAAUAAACUGCUCAGCAGGUGAGGCAGCUAAGUAUUGAUCAUGUUGGUUUGCAUACAUGACACAAAUGGAGACAAUUAGAGAAAAGAUGAACAUAAAUCAGUUAUAAAAUCAUUUAUUGCAAGGACUUAAAGACAAAAAUGUCCUUCUUUGCUUUGCUAGAAAGUUAAUGGGGGGAGUUGCUUUCGUACUCCUCCCAUGCAUCCACUUGCAAGGUUGACUUGCAAGUGGAUGAUUCAGUAAUUCAGAAGUCCUGCAAACGGAUCUGGGCUCUCACUGUAAACGAUUCAAAUGCUAGUAGCCAGUUAGCUUCAUGCACAAAACUGAAAAUGGAAACAAUUCAUAGCUCCUCAAAUAAAAAUUAAGAAGUCAAAGUGUUUGUAAUCGAUCUAAAUUGGAUUAUGUUCAAAGUUUUCAAAGAAAUGUUAUCCUCAAACCCUGCUCAUUUCAAGAUGUUCGCUACACUGGAUUUCAAUGAGUAUUUUCAAAGAUAAUCGCUUCUUGGAUUCACACUUGGAGGCUCAAAUUUUUAAAUUCCAGCACAGAGAAAUAUUUCAGAAUGUCCUGAAGGCAAAACUCCAACAUAGAAAUUCAGCAUUGAGUGAGUCACGACAAGUAUAUCAUCCAAUAUGGCUGCCAAACAACUUAAACACUUAUGAGAGGUAAUUUUAACAAGUUAAUGAUCUGUUAGUUUUUUGUGUGGUUUAGUCCACAUACAAGCAGAAAUAUGCCUGUGAAAUCUGUUGGUGAACAUGUUGGUUACCUUAGUGUUUGAAUACAUGCAGUACAUUGGUCCCUCUUUGGUCCAUACAGCUAAUUUAUAAAUACUGCAGACCAUGACACAUAAUUCUCUCCACCAACCAGGAAACACACCAUGCCUCUUUUUGGCAUUGUAACAUCUACUGUAAUAUGGCGCUCUCUUUUUAAAUGUCGUUUGGUCUUACAAAGAUAUUCAACUCUUGUUUGUGUGAUCAGUGAAAUGGUGUGUGGUUUUUUUUUCUGCUUUGCAAGGCAAGAAUUUUGAUAUUUAAGGUACCAUUAAAGUAAGAGCUACAAAUAUCGAGAGCAGUGAAAAAGUCUGGAUUUACAUCUUUUCAUAUGUUGAAUAUAAUUAUGAAUCUCAGAAUAUUUAUCUUCUGUACUUUAACGCCAAAUUCAGUCUAAAUUUGUGUUCAUCGCCUAUGCUCUCGCUUUUUUCAUUUUUUCAUUUCCUGCUGAAUUUCAACACGACAAAUAUAAAGAUAUGUUAUGCACCAAUAUAUUACUGUGUCAAAUGUCUUUAUAUGCUUACAAUUAUACAUGUGGUCAGUAUUGUAAAGGAGGAAGAGUCCUUACUCAAAGAUUGGUGGGGGGGGGUUCUACCCAUUCGUUUUGCUCAAAAGACAACAAUAAAACAAACAGUGCAUGAAAAAAAAUUCUUAUCAUUUAGCAUUUACCCAAAUAUUAUUAUGAUCCAUGUUUUCUAUAAUAGCAGUACUCCAAAGCUUUGAUCUAAACUAUUAUGUGCUUUGUGUGUGAAGAUUCAUAUAAUGAAGGAGUGUGCUUUUUUACAAUGGUUUCCAUGUGCCAAAUUUCCAUUUUGUUCUUCAUUUAAAAGAAAAAAACAAACAAACUCUUUUUGGGGUAUUCCUAGAAUAGCAGACGUUCCAUAAAUAAAGAAUUCAAAAUC